AUAGCAGAAAGUUGGUCGUGUGCGUGGGAGCGAGGUCGUGCGCAUAGGAGUGAAUUGAAUAUAUUUUAUUUCGGUCGCGUACGCAUGGCACAACAGCCAAUGAGAGAAGAGCAGGGUGUUUUUUUUGGCGGGACUAGAAAUAUGUUUAUUUUUAUUUACCAUAUUGUGGUAAGAAAUUGUCGAGAUAAUAAUAGUACUAUCGUUAUUUUGAAAGUUAAUAUGUUUAUUUACUAACACUGCUAACAGAUGUCGCAUAGUUCAUUGGCUGAAAUUAACAGUAAUAAUUCAAUUGUGAACCGAUUUCGCACAGGUCGUGUGGCUAUAAUGCACUCGCUUAAUUUUUUUAAUUGGUGACGCGCGCCUGCGCGCCUUGCUAGUGUUGGCAACGCGCAGAAAACAAUUGAACGAAGGGAAAUUUCAAGAGCCACCUGCUUCGUUUCAGCGCUCAUAGAGGGCAGAGGUGAGGGCGCCCGCUUCCCUGCGCUCCUGCAUUCUCUUAUUGAUCUGCCUCCCCCGCCCCUUUCUUCUUCCCAUCUCGACACUACACCCUGAUUCCGUUCCCCUCUCCCCUUCCCGCACCAAUUGGCGAACCAGGCGAACGCACCGUGCAAACCAACCGCUACUUCGAGUCGCCAGCGGAAACAUGAAGCGACCGUUGAGGAGUCGACAUCUGUUGCUCAUCCUCGUGGUGUUGGCGGCCCUGGCGGCGGCGCGCGCCGACCCAGUGGCGGAGGGGGAGGAAGGGGAGGAGGGCGCAGAAGGGGAGGAGGAGGAGGCCGUGGAAGAAGUGACCCUGGACCGAGCCACAUCCACCGAGCAGCCGCCUACUACCGUCCUUCCAGAAGAGCAAAAAACAGCAUCCACGACGCCAGAGAUCACAACCACGGCCGCCCCGCCCGCCAGGGAGGCACCGCUGUACCGCCUGAGGGACUCCAAGGAGGAGACCUGCAUCCUGCUGGAGGUGGACGGACUGCUCGUGUUCACGUACAAGACCACAGUCGACGAGGAGCGGGAGACUGACAGGUUCAUACCUGAAGAGGUCGCGACCAGCGGCACCUGUGACGAGGACAGCGCUACUCUGGUCCUGCAGUGGGGCUCCUACAAGCUGCUGUGGGACUUCUUCAAGACUCCUGGUGGUGAAAAGUGGUACGUGGACAGAAUAGAGCUGACCUUCAACACGUCGGAGAAAAUUUUCGAGCACACCAAGAUCCCAGGGCGGGUGCUGACGCUGUCGACGCCGCGGAACCACCGCGUGCUGCUGUUCCCGACGCCGGUGGGCUGGUCCUUCACCUGCAAGAAGGAGACCCCCAUCGACCUGAGCGACCACGACGACUUCUCGGCGACGCUGCUGCUGCGCGAGUUCCACCUCCAGCCCUUCAUCUUCAAGGGCGACGACUUCGGGCCAGAGCACGAGUGCUCGGCGCGGGGCAUCGGAGCGCUGAUCGACGAGACGGCGCCCAUCGCCGUCGGUAGCACUCUCGCCAUAGUGGUGCUGCUCACCGUAACCGUCUACGGCAUCUUCCGCUACUUCAAGGUCAAGAAGGUGCAGUACGACACCAUGGAGUAGCCGCGCCACUCGCCGGAGUUUGGGGUCCUGCCCCGUGGGGACACGCUACCCGGGGGGAGUGUGAGAAAAUAGGGAAAAAGGAUCGAGGAUUGUUUCGGCCAAAAAAAAAGAUACUUAUUUGCACAUGGCAAGAAUGAGUAUUUUUUAUUUUUUUUUCCCACUAUAAACAUAUUGCGACCUCCACAGUCCACACCUGUGGAAAUGAUGGUGUGCCCAGAGUUUCGGCUUAACCUUUUUUGCACCCAUAUUCGAGGGUGAACGGAAAUUGUCAUUAAUCGUCCUUGAAUCAUGGCUGCUACAAGGCUUGCCGAAACAUCGGGCACAUCAUAAUUUCCACGGACUUAACCCCAAAUCUGAAUUCAAGCAGUUACUUGUUUCUUUCUUUGAAUGAUUGUCGCAGUGGGGAAGAUUGACUAAAAAUAAUUUCAAGGGAAUGAGUCAUUGCUGGAUUAAACUGGUUGUCACGGGAGAAAAAAAAACUUUAAGAGUGGACGACAAAUAUUAGUAGGUACAUAAUUACAAGGAAAAAACCAAUAUCAGCUUAUGUCAAAAGAUACACAUCAUUUCAGUGAAGGAAUUUAAUCAGAAAAAAAUUACGACAGAGGCAAACAUAGUGGGCUGAUGAUGUUGACACACUGAAAAACAAGGGUUUAUAUGUGUUUGAUCUUUUCUCCUAGCAAUGCCAAUGAAGGGUGGGCACUCCCUAAGUUGGCUGGUGUUUUAUUGCGAAGGAUUGCACCAUCUGUCAGGUAAAUUAUUUUAUUUCAUUAAAAUUACCCACGUAUGUUUAAUCCAAUACUUUGGGUGACUGAUAACAUUUUUAUUGCUGAAAACAUAUGUUGAUUCUUCUAGUUUCCUUUAAAUUGGUUUGUUAUAGCAUGAAAGGGUGGUGGGGUAAGAAAAAGGGGGAAGAGUUGAAGGUGGGAGAGAUGGUGGUGAAUGGGUGAUUGUAGCGGUACAGGCUUUGAAUAUAUAUACUGUAUAGAAGUCGCCAGCCCAGGUUAAAAUUUCUAAUACGGUUUGAGGUAGUUGGUUAAUUCACCGCCGCAAUCGCCACUAUCUCUAGGGCAUCGACUUGUGGUGGUCCCUAGCGGACAAGUGUCGAACUCUUCAAAAACCCCUUCCCCCCUCCCGACCUCGAGCUGCAGUGAAUGAUAGGUGAGGGGUGCGGGGAAUGACAGCGGGCGACAGAGCUGCGCUCUAACGUGUAAAUAACAACUAAGACGAUACAGGGCGUUACGGCAGCGCACUGCAGCGGUGAAGUUCCCAAGCUGCUCAUCAUACGCUUCUGAAAAACGUAGAGUAAAUCCUAUCCAUUCGCGACUUCUAUACAGUAUAUAUAUUCAAAGGUACAGGUGUGGGGUGAUAAAAGAGAAGAGGGGUGAGAUCGAAGAGAGGAGAGAAAGAGGAGAUGGAGGAUAGGAGAAAGAGAGGAGAGGAGAAAGAGAAAAGUGGUGUAGGUGAGUGACAUUGUGGUGGAUGGUGUGAAUGCAGAGGCGUAGGUGUGGGGUGGUAGAAAGAGAUAAGGAAGAGAGAGGAGAGGAAAAAUAUGUACUAUAAUUUGGGGUACGGUAUAUGAUAGUUUCACUCUCUACAUACAAUUAUUUCCACACAGCACAAUAAUUUGAAGCAUUAAAAUCCCUAUAGUGUACCAUUAUUACAGUUUUUGUCGCUUGUACACAAUCGGUGUAUCAUAAUUUGCAACAUGAUUAUCGUGUUAACCUUAAAGUGGUCUAGAACUCACCCGCUCCACCUACUUGUCCCAUGCGUGUUCGGCAAAUAUAGAUUUUUUGAUUUUCGCUCUUUUUUUUAAUGUCGUUUUAUUUUAUUUUUUGCUUUUGAAUGCGUGUCAAAAGCGCUCUGCCAGUGUCUCCAGUGUGUGAGCAUCCACAUUCACAUGGGAUGUAAUAAACACAGUUAUGAGAUUGUAACUUGUUUGUGGGUGAUUUUUAUUGUGGAAUUUGACCUGAAAACUUUUCUUGAUUCGCGUUUGUUUAGCUACCGUGUUUUUUUUUUUUUCCCGAGGGGCGAUGGACAUAGGGCAUAACGAAUGUACUUUAUUAAUCAGCGCCGCGCCUUUUUUUUUUUUGGUCGUAUGUGCAAACAAUUAUUUUGCUGGUUGAAACAAACUCUUUCUCUCUAUGGAGUGAAGAAAACGGUGGCAAACUUCUCGCUGUAACGUCUUCGUGUUAUUAUUUCUGUUGGCUUCUUAACUAGGGCAUGAACCGCUGAGAUCAGAAUAUUACAGAAGGCGUCAUUAGCGAGUAAAAAACAUGGCGAAACCUUUUACGUAAAAAUUAAAAAAAAA